AUGACAGACGGCUGCAUUUGUCAACUUACAGCAGCUUUGGCUGCCUGCAAAAGACCAGGUCCACAUUCUCCAUGGGUGCUAGGGGCAAAUGCAAUAGGCCGGAGUGCUAAAACUGUUCGGGAAUUUCUAGAAAAAAAUUACACAGAAGAUGCAAUUUCAAAUGACAACGAAGCUAUCAAACUAGCAAUAAAAGCUUUGCUUGAAGUUGUGCAGUCUGGCGGAAAGAACAUUGAACUGGCUAUCAUAAGAAGAGACCAACCUUUGAAGAUGUUUAGUGCCAAAGAAAUUGAAUUGGAGGUAACUGAAAUAGAAAGGGAAAAGGACGAAGCAGAGAAGAAAAAGUCAAAGAAGUCAACCUGAUGUCCAGGAUCACUGGAAGUUCACGUUCUCUGUUGAUUAGAGUUUCUUCCUGAGCUUUUAGAAGAAAUCGGUGAGUUGGAACCAACCACCGAGUUUUUCUACGUUCAUCGUCAAGAAUGUCAGUUGUUUUCAAGCAUAGUUAAUGGAAAGAUUUUCUUUAAAGUUCCUCAAUUCCACAUAAGUCUGAUACUAUACUGUGAAACUUGCAUAGUAUUGUUGCUUUUCUUCAUAGAAAACUUUUUCUAGGGAAAAAGAUGAUUUUUAAAGUUAGUGAUUUUUUGAAGUUUGCCUCUUCUCUGUUAGUUAAGGAGCUAGUCCUCUCAAAAUAAGCUGAACCCUGACUUGCA